GCCAUCUUCGCCGCCGCCGAUCCGCCGGUCCCGCCGCAGCCGCCGCCCCGCAGGCCGCCCGUCCAUGGCCAGCUUUCCCCCGACUGUCAACGAGAAGCUCAUCGCACGGUCCCGCACGGUAGGAGAGCUCCUGGCCCCCACGUCUCCCUUCGACAAGAAGUGUGGGCGGGAGAACUGGACGGUCGCGUUCGCUCCCGAUGGCUCGUACCUGGCGUGGUCGCAGGGACACCGCAUAGUGAAGCUGGUCCCCUGGGCACAGUGCCUCAGUAACUUUUUGCUGCACGGCACAAAGAAUGGUGCAAACCCUGCCAGCUCCAGGCUCCCGAGGCAGAGCAGUGAGAGUGGGCAGAAGAACAGGCCCUGUGAGCACAUCCUGGACUGCGGGGACAUCGUGUGGAGCUUGGCCUUCGGCUCCUCGGUGCCGGAGAAGCGGAGCCGCUGCGUCAACAUCGAGUGGCACCGCUUCAAGUUCGGGCAGGACCAGCUGCUCCUGGCCACGGGCCUCAGCAACGGCCGCAUCAAGAUCUGGGAUGUCUACACAGGAAAACUCCUCCUGAACCUGAUGGACCACACGGAAGUUGUCAGAGAUUUAACCUUUGCCCCUGAUGGCAGCCUGAUUUUAGUGUCUGCAUCCAGAGACAAAACCCUGCGGGUGUGGGACCUCAAAGAUGAUGGAAAUAUGAUGAAGGUGUUGAGAGGCCAUCAGAACUGGGUGUAUGGCUGUGCAUUCUCACCAGACUCCUCCAUCCUCUGCUCUGUUGGAGCCAGUAAGGCAGUUUUCCUCUGGGAUAUGGAUAAAUACUCCAUGUUACGGAAACUUGAAGGACAUCACAAUGAUGUUGUAGCUUGUGAGUUCUCUCCUGAUGGAGCAUUACUGGCUACUGCAUCUUAUGAUACUCGAGUCUAUGUCUGGGACCCACAUAUUGGAGUUAUUCUCAUGGAAUUUGGGCACCUGUUCCCUGCUCCCACCCCGAUCUUCGCGGGCGGUGCCAACGAUCGCUGGGUGCGCUCGGUGUCCUUCAGCCACGACGGGCUGCACGUGGCCAGCCUGGCCGACGACAAGAUGGUGAGGUUCUGGAGAAUUGAUGAAGAAUACCCUGUACAAGUUGCACCUCUGAACAAUGGGCUCUGCUGUACUUUCUCCACUGAUGGCAGUGUUCUCGCUGCAGGGACCCAGGAUGGCAGCCUGCACUUCUGGGCGGCGCCCCGGCAGGUGCCCAGCCUGCAGCACCUGUGCCGCGUGGGCAUCCGCAGGGUCCUGCCCACCAGCCACGUCAGGAGCCUCCCCAUCCCAGCCAAGCUCGUGGAGUUCCUUUGCUACCAGGUUUGAUUUUUUUGGAAAAGAAGAAAAAAAAAAAAAACCCCACCAGUUGCAGCUGGCAGGUGGCCCAGCUGCUGAAACUGGCCACAAACACUUCACAGAAUCCUCAAACUGUACAGCCUUUAAGCUUAAAACUCUACAGGUUUUCAAGAGCUAUUUAAAGUGAUAACCUAAAUACUAUUUUAUCAAAAUGCCUGACAGGUAAUUUUUUUUACUAUUUAUAGAAAACACAGUAGAAGUAUUCCUGGUGUUCUCAAUUUUCUAAAAUAUAACUGUGAAAACAUGUACAUAUAUAGACAUAAGCUGCUACAUGUUAUCAUUGUACCUUUAAAAGUUGCUUCUCUGAUGUUUCAUGUGUCUCAUGUAUAUAUUGCUUUGGUAGAGCCAUGAUGCAUCUGUGCUGUAAGUGGAAGGAAAACUGUUAUUCUGGGACAUCGAGGUAGGAAAACUAUUGACUUACAGAGCAGUUAAGCUUCCUUUUGUGCAUUGGUUGGGGUUCAGGAAGCUGAGCCCCAGGUCAGACUUUGUGCUAGUUUCUUUGUGAGGAGGUACAGCUUGG